UUGUCCGAUUGAGUGAGUAGCAGCGAGCUGUCAGACACCUAGCAGGGACUGCGGACGCUAAUAUUUCAUUCCCUUCUGUGAACCGAUUGCAGUCGCCAAAAUGUUCGAGGAAGCGAGCGAAGUGUUCGACAACAUGUUUAAAGCUUCCUUUCCCCUCACUUUUAUCGUAUUUAUCCCCGCGGUGCUUAUUUUAGUGUCACCUCUCCCGGCCGAAGCCGCACAUGAGUUCACUGUAUAUCGCAUGCAGCAGUAUGACCUGCAGGGACAACCCUACGGUACGAGAAAUGCCAUCCUAAACACAGAAGCGCGUACUGUGGAGGCAGAGGUGCUAAGUCGCCGAUGUAUCAUCAUGCGGCUGGCUGACUUUACCUACGACAAGUAUCAGAAAGCCUUACGCCAAUCGGCUGGGGCUGUGGUCAUCAUUCUGCCCCAAAACAUGUCCACUAUGCCCCAGGACAUAGUACAGCAAUUCAUGGAGCUGGAGCCAGAGAUGUUGUCCACAGAGACCAUCGUGCCGGUCUACUUUGCAAUGGAGGAUCAGGAACUGCUGUCCAUUUACACCCAAACCCUGACUUCCUCGUCUUCCCAGGGAGCCUUGUCGGCAGCUGAAGUGUUGCUACACACAGCCACAGCCAAUGGCUUCCAGAUGGUCACUAGUGGUGCUCAGAGCAAAGCCAUGAGUGAUUGGGCCAUCACCAGUCUGGAGGGCCGCCUGACCGGUGUCGGAGGAGAGGACCUGCCCACAAUCGUGGUGGUGGCUCAUUACGACUCCUUCGGAGUCGCUCCGUGGCUGUCGUAUGGCGCCGACUCAAAUGGAAGCGGCGUGUCUAUGUUACUGGAGCUGGCCCGGCUCUUCUCGAAACUCUACACCUACAAGAGGACGCAUGCCGGAUACAACCUGCUGUUUUUUAUAUCUGGUGGAGGGAAGUUUAACUACCAGGGCACCAAACGCUGGCUAGAAGACAAUCUGGACCACACAGAUUCGAGUCUUCUACAGGACAACGUGGCCUUCGUGUUGUGUCUGGACACUUUGGGCAACGGAGAUGCUUUGCACCUGCAUGUGUCCAAACCUCCGAAAGAGGGAACUCCUCAGUUUGCUUUGCUCAGAGAGCUGGAGAAGGUGGCUGCCAGCCAAUACCCGGGGUUGAAGUUCUCAAUGGUCCACAAGAAAAUCAACCUGGCCGACGACAUGCUGGCGUGGGAGCACGAACGCUUUGGGAUCCGCCGCCUGCCGGCCUUCACGCUCUCGCACCUGCCCUCGCACCGCCUGGCUCGGCGCUCCAGCAUCAUGGACGUGCGGUCAGUGUCUUCCUCCCCUCGCUACGGAGCGGGAGAGCCCCCUGCUGGGCCACACGUAGACAUUGAGAAACUGAGCAGAAACACAAAGGUCCUAGCUGAGGCUCUGGCCCGAGUCGUCUAUAACCUCACAGAAAAGGGAGCCCCCAGUGACCUGCACAUCUUCACUGAACAAAUGCAGGUACAAGAGGAGCACCUAUCCGCUAUGGUUGACUGGCUCACAGCACAGCCACGAGCCGCCCAGCUGGUGGACAAGGACAGUAGCGUGGUGUCCACGCUGGAGUACCACCUGGGACGCUACCUCAAGGAUGUCAAAAAGCACUACGUCAAAGCAGACAAGAGGGAUCCCGAGUUUGUGUUUUACGACCAGCUCAAGCAGACCAUGAACGCUUACAGAGUCAAGCCUGCUAUCUUUGACCUCCUGCUGGCCGUCUGCAUCGCCGCCUACCUGGGCGCCAUGUAUCUAGCUGUCCAAAACUUUGGCAUUUUAUACAGCGUAGCACGGAGAGUCACCCAACCCAAAGUGAAGGCCCACUAAAGGCAACAGCGCGACCCUUAACACCCACAAACUUUGUUUUCGACACUCUCAGGGUGCUUUUCAAAGCUGCCCCAAUCAUUCCCAUCACCCUCUGCUACAUGCCUAUGAUGUCAUUUCCUGUCGUCGCUGCCAACUUGAAAACUGCAUGCUGUCUGAAGUGUUAAGACACUCCCCCCCGCCUCCACUAACGCACUGAUGUCAGGGGGGAUGCAAAUCUGUCUUACUGUAUAAGUACUUAGUUUGUUUUUUUACCUUUCCAAAACAAUUGUGAUGGACAUCCAAAGCACUUGAACUGGGAGGGAAACCAAAUUCAAAUGGAUUGGACGUCUAUCACUGUCAAUGACUUCAUAGCUUGAAUGUUUUGCUCAUGCUCAUUACAGUAUAUGUGGCCACAUGACUUGGUCGUAGUCUGAAUACGGGCAAAAUGUUAAUGAAUGAGAAGUACCCAAAAGUCCACACUAAGGUAGUUUCGUAUUUGGCAAAUAUUUAAAAAAUAAUAAGAACACCUGCCGGACAGACGUUUAGUGAACCAUUAAAGUUAAUGUGAAGUAAAGUAGUAUGCAGGUAACCUUUCACGUUAAAUGAAGAUAUCCACUCCACGUUGUUUUUAAUUGUCAGUCAAAAUUGGAUCUGUAGAAGUAUUUCUAAUAGUGUGUGUAUUGCUUAGUUUCUUAUUCUGACCCUUCCAAUGUCAAAUCUUUGAAAAGGUAAAAAGCCACAAGUCCAUUUUCUUGUCUAAUCACAGCCUUGUGUGCAAGAGUGCAUCUCCAACUUGAUAAUUACUUUUUUUGUUGUUGUUAUCACCACUGUGUGUUACAAUGACCUUUUACUGAUUGUGGCUAACCUGUAAGUUCACGUGUUACGUAAAGUGGGCACAAAUACACACGGAGGUUUGUCUUAAAGUGCACCAGUGACUAUAGUGAAAAGAAAAAUCUGAAAAAUAUUUUGAUUUUAAACUGUGAUCUGUAGGCGAGCUUUUUCUUUUUAUGUUUGUGUGCAUUACUUGCAUGAUGUGUUUUUUUUCUCCAACUCUAAAGUCGCACAUUUGUGACCGUUAAUUUAUUGAACAGUUUUGCACCUGAAAAAUCUUUGGGGGGAAUAAAAAUGUGAUUAAAAAUAUAAAUGAUGAAUUAACACACAUUUGGCCUUUUUUUUCUUACACCUUUUUCAG